AUGGGUGAAUCAUUCAAUGAAUUUGAGCGUGGCGUAGACUUCUCGGUUGAAAAUUCGGUAUUUCCACCCCCGGCCGAUCUCGCUCUAGGGCUUCACUCGGACAACAUUUACGCAGGGAGACCAAGCAAUGCAGAUCAAUACAUCAGCGGAGCCGCAGAGGACGAAUUCCCAAGAAAUCACGAGAACAACCAACAGGCUCUGGCACAGUUUGCAGUUCAGGCUCCUUUCAGCCCCAGCAGAUUGAGCAAUGUAUUGUUGUCUGGGGAUGGCGUGAGCCGAAAGUACACCCUUGAAGAUAUCAUGGUCGCAGGAAUACGCGCCCUUUCAGAGGGAGAAAGCCAGCCAAAGAAUGACACACAGCCUAGUAGACAGCCAACAACGGUCGCGGGAACUCGACCAAACCUGGCCACAGCAGCAAGUCCGGAACAGUGCUACACACCGGAUAUACACCUGAACACGAUUCAACUCACCACCAUGUCAUUUGUCGCAGCAUGCUUUGCCAACGCGGCUAUGCUUGGACUAUCACCGGAAGCUUUGUGGAGCCGAACAUCACAGUCACCAUUUUAUCAGGCCCAGAUGGCAGAUUAUCCAUUCGGAUCAGCGAGUACGGGACAAUUCGCCUAUCUCAAGCCCCUGCUUCGACCCUCUAGCACACAAGUUGCCCACCCUCAUCAUCCAUACCUCGACAUCCUCCCAUUUCCUUCUUUCCGAGAUCGAAUCAUUCAGCUCCUUCAGGUUCAACCCCCGCCAUUUGACCCUGAUAAGCUCUGUCAGGAUUUGAAAAGUGAUGGGCUCAUUUGUUGGGGUUCGACGAAGAGGGACGGACGGGAUAAAGCGGGCUCAGGAGCACCUUGGGACAUCCGAAGUUGGGAGAUAAAACCAUGGUUUUUGAACAAGUGGUGGUUUUUGUUCGAUGGGCCGGAUGGUGAAAUGUAUCAACACAGUCGGUGGUGGUCUGAGCUGAGGGGUGAAAAGUCCUCAUACCCUUGGUAA